AUGCCAUUAGGAGUUGAAACGUCCCAGGUUUUAAAAAAAGAAGACACUGAUGGACAAGAUCCCUCCUUUGACACAGUUUCAGACAUCCAUGGAGUCACAGAGCAAGAGCGUGGACAUAAAGGCAAGGUAAGUAGCUCCUCAACACUGUGCAAGCCCAGUUACAAAGCCCAGAGUUAUACCUUAUAAAAGUCCCGCCUGCUUCCUGGUGCAAGUCCCAUACUGUUUUUGAAUGGGCGUCAAGCUUUUAUCACCAAAUUCAUGAAUAGGGCGUCAUUUAAGUUAUAUGUAAAAUUAUAUUCAUAUUCGUAAAUUAAUUUACCUUUACCCAAUGCCUUUUAUGAAGGUUUUCGAUUAAGGAAAAAAGAACGCAAUCGAAAACCUUCAUGAAAGGCAUCAGGUAGAAGUAAAAUAAUCCAGGAGUACGAAUAUAAUUUUACAUACAUGUAUGUCUUUAAUGACCGCGUUUUCAUGAAUUUUAUGAUAUAAGCUUGAUACUGAAUGAUAUUAAAUGAAUGAUGUUUUCUCUGUGUAAGGUGCUGCCUUCACCAGUCCCAGUCAAAGAGGAGGAAACAUGCUCCCUUCUGCCAGUAAAUGAAGAGGAAGUUGCCUUAAUUACAGUGAAGGAAGAAGAGAAUGAAGACUGGUUGAAGUCAGAAGAUGAGGAUGUUGUGAAGGUGUCAGUGCCUUGGGAACCAUUGGAAACAUCGCCAUCAUCAUCAUCAUCAUGCUCAGAUACAGAUGAUACAGAGGACAGUGAGAUGGAAAGUGAUAAUGUGCGGGUGAGUUUAAGCAUUUAAUAACAGUGAAAUAGCCACUUUGAGAUGUUUUGUAUGGUCAAACUAAAAGUUUCUUCGUUCCUCUAAUUGUUUUGACCAUUCUUCACCUUACCUAUUAUAAGCUGUAUGCACCAAACCACAAAACUAACCACGAGACUAUGUGACUGCAUUUGGAGUGCGCUACUGACAUACAAGAAGUAGGCUGUAGGUGUGGCGAAAAUGUCUAAACUUAAACCAGAUCUGAACUCGAGAACCAAUUUCUCUCGUUGAAAACAGCAUAUGUGACAUCGAGAUUAGUCAGAAACAUUUAUUCCAUUGCCAAAAUUGACUAAAAAGUGCCAGUAGGUACGUUUUGGUCAUGAAGUCAGUAUCUUCCAAAACUGAGUUUUGUGAGAUUUGAGUACAAGAGUUCGUCAUGACUUACUUGAGGGUUGGGUUUUGAUAUCGACAAUGCCCACUAACACGGGAUAAAGAGCUGCGGUGAUUGCGCUCUAUCCAAUCGUACAGCAGAACACACAGACUCUAGCUAUUUUUCCAUUAACUUGUCCUGUCGACAUUUAGAAAGUUUGCAUAGAAAAUAGAUGCAACAUUUGCCUGCUACUGUGCGUUUCCAUUUAACUGUCAUGUGUCGAUUAAAAACAGCUGGACAUAAUGAAAUCACAUCUAAAAAAUAAAUAACGUUUUGCAAAAGCCUGGUGUCGAAUACAAAUAAUGUUUCCAUUAUCCAUUUAGGAAAAUUGUGCAUUAAUACAUUGGCAACAGCCUGUAUAGCCUCCCACCUAUCUGUUUCAUGUCUCAGGUAGCCCGCAAAAGCCAGCAUGGACAGAAUGCAAGAAUUUACUCAUAUUUGCCAUAUUCUAGUAAUGUGCCAAUGCAUCGCCACGGUCCGUGCCAUGGUGAGGCUUGCACUCCUGUAGAUCUGAAAUAAUUGGAUGGUGAAACAUGCAUCAAGCAAACCAGAAAACUAAGUCGAAGCAAUUUAGGCAUUCUUGAAAGUCAAGACAAUUAUUUGUAUAGUUGAAAAAUACAUUUAGAAAGCAGUAGGCAUUUAGAUUUAAAUGUGGAGUGGAGCUUUAUAGUUACGUCACGUGAUGAGUUCACGUGUACCUUCAAAAUUAUUCGGCAAUCAUCAUGUAUUCGAAUAACACUGUUUCCAUCCUCAUUUGUCGCGAUAAAGAAAGUUUGACAAAAUAAAAAUUCACCCCUGUCGAACGGAUAAAUGUUCUCGACCUUUAGAACUUUUAUCCUAUAGCUGUUGCUUUCAUUACAGAUGUCGCAAAUAUUUUUUUUGCGACAUUGCUUUUGUCAAAUAAACUGGUUCAAUAGAAACCUGCCUAGUGAGACAGACCUGUCCAGCAGCGCAGCAGAUCGGUUCGGACUUUGUUUUCAUAAGGCAACACGUAGCGCAUUUUUUUACGUGAGAAAUACUGCACCAAACACCUUAGCUAGAUGUAAAAUUGGGCCACUAAAACCUCCUCUGUAAAAAUGUAUUCCAGAUUUCUUGAGUUAUCUUAGAUCCAUUCUGACUAUUUUGAGGAAGUGGUACUGGCUUUGUUCCUAUGGUAUAUCAUGCGGGACAAACAUCAGUAAUUGUGCCACAUUGAACCUUCAAGACUGAAAUCUAGUUUUUCUUAAUGAGCAACAGAAAAACGUGGAAUCAGUGCGUUCAGUCGCACGUUAAGCCUAUAGCUUCAUAAUAAAGUUAAGAUUUCACAAACACAAAGCAUAGCUUUCUUGAGCAGCUACUAGCUUGAGCGCUGGGCCUAGUUUGUAAUUGUUGAAUGUAAGACUUUCUGACUCAACUGAAUUCACCCUAAUCUCUGCUUCAAAGGACUGUGAAAACCAUGAGCAUGACGUUUCAGUAGGAUUGAAGAUUGAAGAUUGCAGCAGGACAUCAUUGGAUCCAGGGACGGCACCAGGUACAGAUGAGAAAGCAAAUAAUGUUGAUAUCAGUGAGUAACAUAGGUGGGGUGGAUUGCAGUUAUUGUGUAGAGAUAUGAUCGUAUUACAUUAGCUCAUUAGCUACAGCUCUUUAAUGAAAUAGAACUGCAAUUCAUUUGAUGUUUUUCUCUCUUUCCUUUAGGUGACUCUAAAGGGGUGUCCUCCUUCUAUCCAUGCCCCCAAUGUGCGCUCGGCUUCACCAUAGAACGCUUUUUCCACGGGCACCUCAAGAGGGACCACCCCAAAGACUACAUUGCAAUGUUGAAGUCUGGGGAAAUCAUAGCAAAAAAAGAAAACAGUGUACAGCUGACCCCAGCCACCUGCCCACAAUGUGGCAAAAGCUUCUACAAUAAAUAUGUUAUGCAAACGCAUCAGAGGACUCACACAGGGGAGAAACCCUAUCACUGUGUAGACUGUGGGAAGAGCUACGUCUGCGCUGAAUCACUUAAAACACACAGAAGGACUCACACUGGGGAGAGACCAUAUAAAUGCUUUGAGUGUGGGAAAGGAUUUGGAGAACGAUCCCAACGGAUUAGACAUGAAAUGAUCCACACAGGAAGACCAUAUAAAUGCUCUCAGUGUGACAAAUGUUUUUGCUUUUCCAGAGACUUUAAGAGACAUCAGUUGACACAUAAGAAGACCCACACUGGACAUAGACCCUAUAAUGUCCACAGGUGCAAGAAGUCCUCUGGCCAGCUGGAAGCUCUCAAAGCACACCAGAAAACACACAAAGGAGAAAAGCCUUAUCAGUGCUCUGUGUGACAAAUGUUUUGGCUUUUCCAGAGACCAUACCGUACAUCAGUUGACACAUACAGGGGAGAAAUCGUUCAGUUGCCUCCAAUGUGAGAAAUAUUUGGUAAGAGGAAA